UUUUAGACCUAGAAUAGACAUAGCCGUAACAGUAGCACAUAGUAUUAAUCACAAUUGCUGAGAUUAAAGGUGUAGCCGAAUGACGUACUGUUGAUAGGGUACCGUGACAGGCAGUGGUAUUGAAAGUUUAAUGAAUGCAUAUUCAAAGCUUACUGAAUGCAUAUUGAAAGCUUAUUGGGUGGAACAUUGGAUUAAUACUGUGCUAUGAACAGAGCUUAGGUUGUUUAGUUUGGUUUUAAACAAUCUUGGAGAUUUCAGCUUGCAUAUUGGACAGAAUUAGAACAGAUUUCUGCAGCUUAAAUAGCUCACUGUGCUGCUUGUAUGCUUUGAACGCUGCUUCUGAUUUGGUGAACAGAAGAAAUAAAGGUUGGGAUGAAGGUGUUUUGGGCAUGCAACUAGGAGAGAUUGCAAAACUUCCGUGCAAUGAGCAAAGGGGCGUCAAUUGGAGGAGUACUUUCACUUCAGUGAAGGGAAGUUCUCUGCAUAGGCAUUAUUUGCUCCGGAGAUCCAUUUGAAAAAGAUUAACUGAUACCUUUUGUGGGAGAAAUGGGUAAAGAGGGAGACCCAUCAUCUUACAAGUACAGCAUAUUGAUUCCUACAUAUAAUGAGCGUCUCAACAUUGCUCUUGUCACCUACCUCAUCUUCAAGCACCUCAGUGGCAUCAAUUUUGAGAUUAUUGUCAUUGAUGAUGCGAGUCCUGAUGGUACUCAAGAAGUUGUGCAACAGUUGCAAAAAGUUUAUGGGGGAGACCGCAUACUACUGAGACCACGGCAGGGCAAACUUGGUUUAGGUUUUUAUGGAUGAUUUUAUGUCAUGUGCUUCUGGGUGUUUAUCUUUGCUUUCUUUAUUUCUGUUCAUUUAAAGAAAAUAUUUUGUUUCAGAAAGCAGAUAGAGACUGGUGCUGAUAUUGUUACUGGGACACGCUAUGUAAAAGGAGGAGGUGUACAUGGUUGGAAUCUCAUGCGUAAACUAACAAGCCGGGGGGCAAAUGUGCUUGCACAAACACUCUUAUGGCUAGGCGUUUCUGAUUUAACUGGUUCAUUUCGUCUUUACAGGAAACCUGUACUUGAUGAAGUUAUUAAGACCUGUGUCAGUAAAGGAUAUGUUUUUCAGAUGGAGAUGAUCGUUCGGGCUUCAGGAAAACAUUACAACAUUGAAGAGGUGCCCAUUACUUUUGUUGAUCGGGUCUUUGGCAGCUCCAAACUAGGGGGGUCUGAAAUAGUUCAAUAUCUGAAAGGGCUUGUUUAUCUAUUUCUAACCACUUAAAUGGAAUUUUGCUGAUGAUAAAUUUUAUGUUGAAUAAUGCUGCAUUUUUCAUGCCAAUCUAGAUUCCCUGAUUGGUCACCUUAAAUAUAGCUGAAGAUAAAAUUUUAAUUCUUUACCGGGUAAUUCAGAUGGCAAAUGAGUACCAGCAAAAUGUACAUUGAGAUGUCCUCGGACUGAUUUAGGAAAAUAUGGGAAAAGCCAUAGAUGAUCUGGCGUUCUUGAUAAUUUCUAAAAGCUUUCAAGGAAAGAAAGAAAACAGCAGAAAAUAGACUUUACUACACAGGCUGAAGCAGUGGGGAAUACACAGAUAUGUUUUUUUGUCAACGUCCAAGAAUUGAAAGGCAUUAUAGAUGAUUCUGAAUUUUCAUUUUCA